AUGGCGAUAAUGGCAGCAACAAUCUUUUUAGUAUUUUUAGUUCUAGUCGACACACUGCUGCUGCCGGGAGCGGCAGGGGCGUCAAUUACCGUGACUGCAACAAUAACAAUAACAACAACAACAACUCUUGCAUCAGUUAACAUAAAUAAAUGGACGCGAGUUAAACGCGGUCGCGGCGGUCGCAAUGGUGGACGCAACACAUUCAACAAUAGUAGUAGAAUCACCAAUAAUAGCCCGGUAUUACACACCUCCAAUGUUUUUAAUUUGCUAAACCAUGACGACAGUGGAGAUGUAAACCAUGGGUUAGAUCCGUGCCCGGGCGGUCGUUCGGGUGUCCCGCGUGACGCUUCGGGCCACAUACUACAGCGCGACACAUAUACUUCUUUGCGCCGACCGCGUAACUCCCAAAACCCCCCUUUGCCAAACCCGCGGCGCGAAACCACGACAAACUCUACGCGUCAUAAUUCCCACCCCCCACAAAGCCGGAAAAACCAGCGACAACCGACCCAAAGGAAUAUGGCUGGGCCUACGCGAGUGGUCUUGCGCGAUAAUAAGCGUCAAGAACUCAUUGCGAUGGCUAACGCUACUGAAUCCUGGGAUGAACUGGAGGAGAUGGACAGGGAACUGUCUGUGUUCUUUCAGGGCACCACAGAAUCCAGGCCGGCAGGUCGAGGGAAACCUGGAGGUCGGACGGAAAUCAAUAAUCAAGGAGGCAAUUUUGCUCGCGAAGGCCCUCAAGAACAGGGUAACGGUGGCAGAAUCCGCUCUGCCACCCGUAUUCAAAAAUUGUACAGGGAGAAUCGGAGGAAAGCGAUGCAGGAGGUGCUUGAAGGCCCAUCACCCUUUUGCCAGGUGCCUAAGGAUGAUGUCGACAGGUACUUCCGCGCGUUGUACUCUGACGAUUCUCCCUUUAAUGAGGAGUUGCCAGCGAGACAAGUAUGGCCACUGGACGAGAGCGAUGAGUUGGCCGAGGCCUUGAUCGUUCCUCUUUCGGCCGCUGAGGUCAGCCGGAGGUUGGCCAGAAUGCAGGACACUGCACCUGGCCCCGACGGUCUGAAGUACAGUGACCUUAAGAGGAUGGAUCCUGGUUCCGGACUGCUCACCGCAGCAUACAAUGCGUGCUACCGUCUAGGGGCCAUACCAGUGUCGUGGAAAGUCUCUAACACUGUAUUAAUUUAUAAGAAAGGAGACCGAAACGACCUGUCAAACUGGCGACCCCUCGCGAUGGGCAAUACCAUCUAUAAGCUUUUCGCCGCCUUGAUUGCUGAUCGCCUGACGAACUUUGUUGUCAACGGGAACAGGCUAACCUCCGCCCAGAAAGGCUUUUUGAAGUACGAAGGUUGUCUAGAGCACAACUAUGUAGUUCAAGAAGUCUUAACGGAUGGAGCGCGUGAGGGUAAAGAUGUGAUCAUCGCGUGUCUGGAUGCUUCCAAUGCUUUUGGAUCCAUCCCACACGAGGUGAUAUAUGAUGCUAUUGACGGGAUUGGAGCACCCAAAGUGUUUCAGGACCUGAUAAGGAGUUUGUAUACUGGGUGCACGACGAGGGUUCGUACCAGUGAGGGCUUUACUGAUCCUGUUCUUCUCAUGAGAGGAACAAAGCAAGGAUGUCCGGCUAGUCCGAUCGUCUUUAACAUUGGCACUGAUUCUGUUCUCCGAGCGAUAGAAGAACUUAAUCGGGGCUACAUGUUAAAGACCAAGCGGGUCGCCUCUAGAGCGUAUGCCGACGACUAUUGCUUUGUUGCUGAUAGUGUGGAGGACAUGGAGCAGAUGUUGCUGACUGUCAGUGUUGCCGCUAAAAGGGUUGGCAUUAAGUUCAACACCUCAAAAUGUGUCACCUUGCACGUCUCCGGCAAGGGUAGUAAGCGUGGUGUACUUGACACCAAGUUCAACAUUGACGGUGGGCAACUAAAGUCAUUGGCGGAGGGAGAGUCUUAUGAUUACCUGGGCGUCCCUGUGGGCUUCAACAUUAACCAGACUCCCAUUGCUACAAUAGGUGAAAUGCUAGCUGAUGCUAGAUCGAUCGACCGGUCUCUUCUUGCUCCGUGGCAAAAAAUAGACGCUCUUCGGACAUUUAUUAUGCCACGGAUUGAUUAUAUUUUACGGGGGGGAAAGAUCGAUAAGACACCGUUGAUCAUGGCUGAUAAAGUGCUGAGAAAGUUGGUGAAAGGCUGGAUGCACCUUCCACAGAGAGCAAGUGCCGAAGUAGUUUACUUGCAACCGUGGAAGGGUGGAGGUGGUAUCCUCCCGCUUGCGGACCUAGCGGACAUUUCUGUCAUCGCUCAGGCUUUUAGGAUGUUAUCCUGUAAAGACCUGGAAGUGGCGGAAAUCGCGAAGUCCUCACUUGAGCAGGCGGUCCAGAGACGUACAAGUCACCAACCUUCGAUGCAAGAAAUUGCACAGUAUCUUUCGGGUUCACUGGAAGGACCGUUUGCGCGGAACCAAGGUGACCCAAGUCUAUGGUCGAGGGUGCGGAUCGCUACAAGGCGUCAAGCUAGUCGGUUUGGCCUAUCGUGGGAAUGGUGUGCUGCUAACGAGGAGCUCGCACUAAAGUGCAAGGACGUUGAGGGGCGUUAUGCUUUGAUUGGCCCUAGUUCAAGAUCACAAGUAAUAUGGCGCCUAAGAAAGGCGGCCCAAGCAUUUUAUUAUGAGACGCUUACAAUGAAGAAGGACCAGGGUAAGGUAUGGCAGGUCACGGCCCGCAAUCGUGAGAGCAAUCUCUGUUUGCGGGAUGGUAAAUAUAUUCGUUUCGCAGAGUGGCGCUUUAUCCAUCGUGCGCGCCUAGACGUCUUGCCUCUUAACGGGGCAAUUCGUUGGGGGCAGCGAGAUAAACGCUGCAGAGUGUGCGGAUAUAGCCUGGAAUCCCUUCCUCAUGUCCUGAAUCAUUGUAUGACGCACUCAGCGGCAUAUCAAUUAAGGCAUAACUCCAUACUCAACAGGGUAUCACAGGCCUCGAGGGCGGCGGGAGAUACGCGAGUCAAUAAGCGCGUUCAGGGAGUUGACGGGGAUCUGGCACGUCUCAGACCUGACAUUGUUGUUAGGAACGAACGGGCCAAGUCGGUGCUCAUUGUAGAUGUCACUGUAGCCUUUGAGAACCAGUGCGUAGCCUUCGAUGAUGCGCGUCAAUCUAAGAUUGAUACGUAUCAUGAGCUCGCUACUGCAUUAAGGGCGCAGGGGUAUCAGGUGCGUAUUGACGCGAUCGUUGUCGGCUCUCUAGGUGGAUGGGACCCUAACAAUGAGGCGGUUCUGAGGGCGCUUAGUAUCUCACCAUACUAUGCUCGUCUGAUGAGACGUCUCAUUGUGUCGGAGACCAUUCGCUGGGCGCGGGAUAUAUAUGUGGAGCAUGUGUCUGGUCAAAGACAGUAUGCUGGUACCGUGGCGCCAAACGAGGAUGCUUCGUGCGUCCGCCCUGACACGGACCUGACCAAUGGACCACUGUCGUCUUUCCUAGUGCCUCCACCAUUGCGAUCGCCGCCACUGCAAAUUUAA